AUGAAUAGAUACGAUAGACAGUUGAGAUUAUGGGGUAGUGCGGGUCAGGAUUUGUUGUCUAAGGCCCACAUUUGUAUCAUUGGACCAGAGAACUCGUUACUACAGGAAACAAUCAAGAACUUGGUUCUAGUUGGUAUUUCGAAGUUCACAUGGUUCAAGAGUAAUGAUGCACCAGCUUAUUCCCAAAAUGAUCUAUUCUAUAAAGAUCUUAUUCAAGAUAUGGUUCCGCUAAAUCCUCGAGGUGUCUCCAUUAUUCAAGAGUCAAUGUUCAAUAUACAUGAAAUAACGCAAAAUAAUAACUUUUCAAUAAGCAUAGUAAUAUCAGAAACUAAUAUACCAGAAGAGCUGUUAAGGGAGUUAUCAUCGUCUGAGUUGUCCCCUGUAAUAAUGUCCCAUACAGAGGGUCUAUAUGGGUAUGUUUAUACCAAACUAUUUGAGCCACAUUGGGUAAUAGAAUCUCGUCCUGACUAUGAAGUACCAUCCCUUCGAUUGGACUCUCCUUGGGAUGAAUUGCGUGAAUAUAUGGAUACCAUUAGAUUCGAAACUUUGGACGAAUAUUCUAUGGCGGAAUUACCAUAUGUAGUGUUACUUUACAAGGUAUUACAACAUUUGCACUCUAGCACACAGAUCGACCAUAAAAUGAUAAAGGAUACUUUAACGAACUGGUACGUUUCAGAUAUUAACCCAAAGGGUACGAAUGAUUUGAAUUAUGAUGAAGCACUUCGAUAUGCACAUGUGGCUUUGCCAAAUGAAAGCUACAAAGUUGGUUUACAAAAAUUAAUAGAUUUUUCCCAACAAGAUGACAAUGAUAGAUCGAACCAGUGGAGAGAUAAUUACAACAGACAAAUAGUUACAUUAGUUCAUGCAUUAUCAAUCUAUUUGGAUUCAAAUUGUGGUGAUUUAAUGGUGAAUGCUAGUAUCCCAGAUAUGGAAUCGAGUUCAAAAAUAUUUGGGGAGUUACAGCAAGUAUACAGGAAUAAAGCCACUCGUGAUUUGACAGAGUUUUCCGGAGUAGUUCAUCAGCUAGAUGAGAGUAUUCCUAACGAUUUAAUAACAAGUUUUUCGUGUAAUGUGAAAAAUAUAAAACGUAUUGAACCCACAGCAAGACCAAUAAAUGAUUUCCUAACUGAUUCUAAACUUACGGAGCCCUAUCCAAUUUUGAGUACACUUCUUAAAUUUCAAAAACACCAACAAGUGGAGAGGACAUCUGAUAACAAAUCAUUUUUUCUCUAUGAGAGCUAUCCAACAACUUCCUUUAUUGGGGGGUUAAUCUCCCAGGAAGUUAUUAAACUGAUAACUCAUCAGUACAUCCCAAUUAGUAACACCCUCAUUUAUGACGGUAUGCAUAAUAAUAUCACAAGUUUCAAAUGCUAG